CAAAAAAAUGAAAGCCAUCACACUUUGCCUCUUGGUUCUGGUUUCGGCCACCUGCCUUCUCACUACUCGGGCCAAUUCCAAAGAAUCCAGUGAAAAAAGCUUUGAUUCCGAAUUUGGUUUUGAAUCGGAAUUGGAAGACCUCCUGGAUAAAUUGGAUAAUGACAGUGACUAUACGGAUGUGGAGGCACAGGGCUUUAUUAAAACCUGCAGAAAGAUCCUCCGCAAGGCUUUGAAGACAGUUCGAGGCACCAACUGCAUUAUCAAGGAGGUGGUAAACAUCCUAAGUUCCUGCACCACCUAUGUAGAUGCCAUCGAUGACUGUGGAACAGCUAUUCCCAAGGAUGUGGCCAAGAUUGUGGAUUCCGUGAAACAGAUUAUUAAAAUCUGUGAUGAUAUUAUCCACCUGCACUCGAAACUCUGCGCCAAGGAUGAGUCCGACGAUGGGUCCACCAUCAAAAACUCUUCCAAGUGCUUCUGGAAACUAUUCAAGGCCUCAAUGAAGCUGACCAGAAAGAUAAACAUAACCCUGAAGCUGAUUGCCAAAUUGCCCUCAGAUACGAGUUCCUGCUUUGUUGAUGCCACCAAAAAUGUCACGGCCUCUUUCAACUCAUUUUUGCCCAACAUUGAUGUCUGCAUAGAGUCUAUGUGAAUUGUGUAUGCUUAAUUAAUUAAAUAAUAUUUGUGAUGGUUUCACCUGAACACCUGGUA